AGCGUGUGUGUGUGUGUGUGUGUAGUUCUCCCGUAAGCGCCUCUGUGUGUGUGUAUGCGUGGAUGUAUGCAUGUGCGUGCGUGCGCGCGUGUGUGUGUGUGUCAGUGUGUGUGUGAGUGUGUGUGAGCGCGCGUGCGUGCGUGCGUGAGUGUGUGAGCGUGUGUGUGUGUGUGCGCGCGCGCGCGUGAGGGAGUGAUGUAUGGAGUACGUGGUGUGGGAAUAGAGCAAGAAAAGGAUCACAACUUUUCGGAAGUAGUUUUUGUUUUCAGGACAAGUUUGAGCUUUAGGGAGUCGGAUAGGUUGUUGAUAGGAUCUGAGGUCUUCCGACAUUAAUACAUAUAAGCACACACACACACACACACACAGAACCACACUGAGUCCGGCUUGUCAGACAAGAUCUGCAAAAGUUUCACAUCGGAUCUUUGGGUGAAGAUGUCCAGCUAAACGGAGUUUCCAGCUCAUUUCUCUGGGCAGCUGCUGAAGGCCAUAAACAGGAAGAACAAUCCGGGUUGAUGUGCAGCUCCAUCGGCUCUGCUUCUCUCUCUUUGGGUUUUCUUUUCUUAUCUCUUUUGCAAACCUGCAGAUCAAACCCUGGCGCACUGCGUUCAUAAAUGAUCUCUGAUCUAUGAGCUGAAUGCCUGCUCCAUACUCCAAGCAUGGAAAUGUAGAGAGAGAAGUUCGAAUAGAAACUUAAAAAACAAAAAAACAACAACAAUAAAGACAGAAAUCAGGAUCGUCAGCAUGCUGAAGACUCUAACCAAAAAGCUCAGAAGACAUUCCCUCAAUGAAAUCCACCCUUUCCAGCUUAAGAUCUCUUACCAUGGCAGUGAGGAGGGUGGAGAGAGCGAAGAUUCUGAAGGAGAGAACCAAGAGCUGGCACAGAUCGACCGAGAGCGCCGCAGGAACUGUGUUUUAACCCCUCUGGCCACCAGUCAGCAGCCUAAUCAGGGCCUGCUUUCCCCGGGCCGUGUUCGCCGUGUGCGGUUGCUACUAGAGCCUUCCAUGGAGCGCCACAGCUCUGAAGAGGAGCUUGAGCGCAUAGCAGGGAUCGCAAGCUCCACUGGUGCUGAGGCAGGAUGCAGGUGGCACCGGCACGGUGAGCUCAGCAGUGCCUCCAGUGACGAGGAGGUGAAGGACCUGUGUGAGCCAGGUGCUUCCCCUAGCCCUGUGCUGUUCAGCUCAUCUCCACCUCGAGGCCUCAAACCCACACACACUUCCACACGACUACACAACAGACCCAUAAUCCUCAGCCACUUCGAACAGCCCGCCGUGCCAUACUGGAGACACCGGAGAGAACCCGGACGGCCGAGUCUGGACCUGGAGAAGAUGCAGCAGAAAAUGCUCCUGAAAAAGAAUUGUGGUGGGAAAACGAGGACAAUCAAGAUCCGGAACCUGACCGGCAGUCGUCAUCCUCCCAGAUACUCUUAUGAUCCCUCCAUCUUUGCCUUCCGCUCUCUGAGCACCGCCCCUCCAUGCAGUCCCCUGCUCUCCAGCGAGGAGCCUCCAUGCGCUUGAGGGAAGCCACUGGACUUUGAGAUUGAAACAGCACAGCUUGUUGGAUCAGCCUAUUUCUCACAUUAGGACAGGGAGAGUUUUACUAUCCUGUCAUUUAGCAGGGUUUUAGCCCAAACAAAGUGCCCAAGUUGACAAAACAACAAGUCCCAAGAUGUAGAGGAGCAUCAGGGAAUUGGGUAAUGUUGUUUUACCCUUACUGGCUGACUGACCAUAUCUCAGGAAAAUAAUCAUUUAACACUUUCUACAAUGACAUGGCCAUGGUAACUGUAUUGUGACAGAUCCACAACAAAAAGCUUCAUUCUGCUGAAACUGGCAUUCUGAAUAGUUUUGUGGUUCGUAAAUAACCCCACACAUCUGGCUAUUUCCUGAUGUUCAGGUAUAGUUAUUCAAUUGCCAUUGUACUAUGUGCAUCUUGGCUAUUUGUAGAUCAUGUAGAAAGGCUACACCGAGAGCUUUGGGCUGAGAAGGAAAUGUGAUGCGGUGUGAUUUGUAAUGUGAGGAUGGACUGUAUGGAAAGAAUGGAUUUUUUUUUUUUUUUUUUUUUUUUGCUUAAAAGGUAUUACUACAAAUGUUACCAGAGAGGCUGGCAUUCUACACUUCCUUGCAGUCGUAAUAAUCAAAGAUUCAUGAAAUUCAUGUAAAUUUAAUAUUAAUUGGUUAUCCGUGUCUGCUGUAGUGCUUGCCUGAUGUGUUCAUUGACAACAAGAAUGGUAAUAAACAGGGGAAUAAAAAAAAGGAUCCCUGGUACUAGUCCAGAUUUAGUACGACUAAAGCCGGUUCUACACUGUUCUCACAUUGCAUUAGACAAUCCUAAUAUAUUCUUGGCUGAAUUCUGUACCAGACUGUGCAAUAACGUGUGUUUUUCAUGCCAGGUUAUGUGAAUAGAGUCCUCUAACAAUAGACCUGGAAUUAAAUAAACUGACUAUGUUCUGCUUACAUUAUCAAUCAUUGUGAUCAGAGUUUAUUGAUUCAGAGUAAGCUAGAGGUAAUAAGGAUUAUUUUUUGCUACUAACGUAUUUGGAGCUGUGAGUUACGCACCGAUGCGCAUCACCUAUUAGUGGCCUUUAGAUGAGCGUCGAGAAUUUAAUGCAAAUAUCUCACAUUGACAAAACUUGUCGGCCAUUUACGGUCGCACCGGCACUAAAUUUGGUCCUGCUGAGCGUGCCACAUUUUACGCUCAACUGAUGACCAAAGAAUUCAUUUACAAUGUGAUUUGAUGUUUGCCAGCAACGACAAAAUAGGCAGAAAUUGUACAGUGUAAAGCCGGCUUAGACGCGUGAAUCUGACUGAGCGCAGGUUUAGAUCAGAGAACGUACUCUGUGUUAUGUGCCUAAUAUACCGGAGCUGCAGGAUAGACGCUCCUUUGAAUGUUUUGGACCAAGUACCAAAGUCAAUACUUAAUACUCGUCAUAUUUCAUCAUAACCCCCUUCCUGGGUUAAGUCUAUGUUGUCUAUUUUGUCUGCACUCUUUCACUCAUAUUGUUUUGGUAAGGGACAAACACAAUGUUGGAUAUAAGACGUGUUUCGAAACAUGUUUUGUUUCAAGUAUUUUGCGUAUGUAACUGUGUAGGUUUUAAAUAUGUUAACUAUGUACUGUAUUGAUUUAUACCUAGCUUUUUAAUGAAUGUAGCCUACUCUUGUAGGGGUCAAUAUGUUUUUGCAGAGUGUAGGUGAGCUACAAGGAACUUUUUGUUACUGGUUCCACACGUUUAAUCUAGUUACCUAUUCAAAUAUAUCCACGCAGAAUAAAUAUAUACACCUGCCGGUCGGACAGUAACUACAUGUUUGUAACAUGUAUGAAGCCUCUAGUCUUUUUUUUUUUUUUUGCUAUGUUCCACUGAGAUAAAUAAAUGUCUCUUGGCUCCA